CCCCGUCAGUGGCAAUUUGGUAUUCUUCUUCCUAAACCCUAAACCAUCCGUCCCUGGAGUCCCCCUCCCCAUCAAAUUUCAAACCCUUUCUGCAAAGAAAAGAAAAAUUAAAGAACCUUCCCAAGUCUCGACUUAACUCCCGCUCUCUGUUUUCCUUAAUCCCGCGAAUUCAGAUGCCCAGAGGAUUAUAAAAUGGCAAUUUUUAGUAGCAGAAGCGUCAACGGCUAAUACAAAGGCAAGAGCAGCCGCAGCAGCAGAAGACACAGGAGAGACUAGAAAGGGUCUGUGUGAGUGAACUCUGAAAUGCUUAGGGAUGCAGAAGCUCUUCCGUCGAAGCCCUUCAGCCCCCAUACUCUGCAUUUCAUCAAGCCCUUGUCCUUGGGGCCUUGACAAGGGGAAGCGCAAGAAGAGUUACAACAACAACAGCGACUCUCUCUCUCCCUCUCUCUGCAACAAAUUCUCUUUCCGGCCGAGACGCACAAUGCCCAGUUCCUCUGCCUUCCACCUCCGUAUCUCCCCCGCUGCUUCUCUACUCAACAAACCCACUUCAGCUUCCGCUACUGCCGCUGCUCGCUUUGCUUCAAGCAGGUCUGCCAGCAUUUGUCGCUGCUCGCUCGAUUCUGGAACCCCAGCUAGAGCCUGGGUUGUCUAUAAAGAAGGGCGUUCGGCUUUAGGGACUGCUUGGUUCCACACAAAGACCGAAGGUGGACUUCCUGUGGUGGUCGCCGAGAGUUCUAAAAGCUCUACGAAUGAUGGGUCUUACGGUGAUGGUACCUCUGGUGAAGGAGUAAAAGAAGCGUCUUCGGUUAAUAGUGAGUCUCGGUCGUUAAGUUUUCAGAAGAGGCAGAAGGGUAGUUCUAGUUCUGAUUCUGCUCUGCCUGGGAACCCUGACCUCUUAACGAUUCCUGGAGUUGGGCCUCGGAAUUUGAGGAAAUUGGUUGAUAAGGGUAUAGCUGGAGUCGCUGAGCUCAAGCAGCUAUAUAGAGAUAAGUUUUUUGGAAAGUCUAGUGAGAAGAUGGUUGAGUUUUUACAGAGUUCUGUAGGGAUAUUUCACAAAAGCCAUGCAGAGAGCAUAACUUGUUAUAUUAAGGAAAGUGUGGAUGAAGAGUUAAAGGAAGAAGACCCAAAUUCUGUGCUUGCUCAGAAGAAAAGGCUAACCUUCUGUGUUGAAGGAAAUAUUAGCGUUGGAAAGACCACUUUCCUUCAAAGGAUAGCUAAUGAAACCCUUGAGCUACGUGAUCUUGUUGAGAUCGUUCCAGAGCCUAUAUCCAAGUGGCAGGAUGUUGGUCCUGAUCACUUCAAUAUAUUGGAUGCUUUCUAUGCUGAGCCACAGAGGUAUGCUUAUACCUUCCAGAAUUAUGUGUUUGUGACAAGGGUCAUGCAGGAAAGAGAAUCUGCUGGUGGAAUCAAACCCCUUAGGCUGAUGGAAAGAAGUGUAUUCAGUGAUAGGAUGGUAUUUGUACGUGCUGUUCAUGAAGCAAACUGGAUGAAUGAGAUGGAGAUCAGCAUUUAUGAUUCAUGGUUUGAUCCAGUUGUUUCAUGUCUGCCUGGCCUUAUACCUGAUGGAUUCAUCUAUCUUAGAGCGAGCCCUGACACAUGUCACAAGCGGAUGCAGCUUCGCAAGAGAACCGAGGAGGGUGGGGUCUCUCUGGAUUAUCUGCGUGGCCUACAUGAAAAACAUGAAAGCUGGCUAUUCCCCUUCCAAAGUGGCAAUCAUGGCAUCUUAUCUGUUAGUCAGCUACCCCACCACAUGGACAGCUCUUUACAUCCUGUUAUAAGUGAUCGUGUGUUCUAUUUGGAGGGUGAUCACAUGCAUUCAAGCAUUCAAAAGGUCCCUGCUUUGGUGUUGGACUGUGAACCGAACAUUGAUUUCAGCAAAGACAUCGAAGCCAAGAGACAGUAUGCUCGCCAGGUUGCGGAGUUCUUUGAGUUUGUGAAGAAAAAGAAGGAAGUUCCAUCUGCAAAACCUAGUGAGGUACCAAUGAAUUCAAACCAACAUAUGCUGCUGCCUCAUAAAGGUGGACUCUGGGUACCUGAUGGUAGACAUUUUCCAGAGUCUGCCCUAAAAUCUCUGGAUUUUAGACGAGCCAUGUCUUCGUUCUUAUCCACCUAGGCGCCCUAUU